AUGAGGCUGGCUGUAUGGUAUUGGUUCUUUCUAUUCUUUGCCUUAGUUUCGUCAUCAUGGAGUUUGAGUUCGGAUGGCCUGGCUCUUCUCGCUCUGUCCAAAAACCUCAUACUACCAAGUAAUAUAACCUCCAGUUGGAAUGCUUUUAAUGCAACUCCUUGUAAAUGGUAUGGAGUUGGUUGCGAUAAAAGGAAUAGAGUGGUUUCCCUUGACCUAUCAUCAUCGGAAGUUUCAGGUUCCAUAGGAUCUGAAAUCGGGCUUCUAAAAUACCUGCAUGUCCUCAACUUAUCUGCUAACAAUAUAUCUGGUUUGAUCCCUCCUGAAUUGGGCAACUGCAGUAUGCUUGAACAAUUGGAUCUGUCCCAAAACUUCCUUUCCGGCAAGAUACCAGCAUCAAUGGGCAACCUCAAGAAAUUGGUAUCACUCUCACUACAUGACAACUCUCUCACUGGAACUAUACCAGAGGAAUUGUUCAAGAACCAGUUUAUGGAGCACGUGUACCUCCAUUACAAUCAGCUCAGUGGUUCGAUCCCCCUCUCGGUUGGUGAGAUGACAAGCCUCACGGUCUUGUGGCUGUAUGGGAAUAUGUUGUCUGGAGUUUUGCCUGCUUCAAUUGGCAACUGCACCAAGUUAGAGGACCUCAGUCUAUACGAGAAUCAACUGAGUGGUAGUCUUCCAGAAACCUUGAGUAGGAUCAAAGGCCUUAGAAAUUUUGAUGCCACAACCAAUGGCUUCACAGGAGAGAUCACUUUCAGAUUUGAGAACUGCAAGUUAGAAAUAUUCAGUUUGUCAUUCAACAAUAUAAAGGGUGAAAUUCCAUCAUGGCUGGGGAAUUGCAGGAGCUUGACACAACUUGGAUUUGUCAAUAAUAGUAUGUCUGGCAAAAUUCCGACUUCUCUUGGUUUAUUGAGCAACCUCACAUAUCUUCUACUUUCUCAGAACUCCCUGUAUGGACCAAUUCCUCCAGAGAUCGGUAACUGUCGGUUGCUUGAGUGGCUAGAGUUAGAUGCAAACCAGCUUGAGGGCACUGUUCCUAAAGAGUAUGCAAAUUUACGGAUCUUGUCAAAGCUCUUUCUGUUCGAGAAUCGCCUCGUAGGAGAGUUCCCUGAGAAUAUUUGGAGUAUCCCAACCCUUGAGAGUGUCCUUAUUUACAGUAACAGUUUCACGGGAAAGCUACCUGCAGUAUUAGCUGAGCUGAAGUCACUCCAGAACAUUACACUAUUUGAUAAUUUCUUCACUGGGGUCAUACCACCGAAGCUGGGUCUUAAUAGCCCUUUGGUCCAGAUAGAUUUCACAAAUAACAGAUUUGUUGGUGGGAUUCCUCCAAAUAUUUGUUCAGGAAAAAGAUUGAGAAUUUUGGACUUGGGGUUGAAUCAUCUUAAUGGAAGCAUCCCAUCCAGUAUUGUGGACUGCCCAAGUUUGGAGCGAGUCAUUCUCCAAAACAAUAAUCUUGAUGGGACUAUUCCGCAAUUUGGAAACUGUAGGAAUCUAGACUAUAUGGAUCUGAGUCACAAUUCCUUGAGUGGUAGCAUUCCAGCAAGCUUCAGCAGAUGUGUAAAUAUUACUGUCAUUAACUGGUCAGAAAACAAGCUUUCUGGCAGAAUACCACCAGAAAUUGGAUAUUUAGUGAAGCUGGGGAAACUUAACCUCUCACACAACAUUCUACAUGGUUCACUCCCUGUGCAAAUUGCCAAAUGCUCUAAGUUGAAUUCACUUGAUUUGAGUUCUAACUCUUUGAAUGGUUCGGCACUUAGUACAGUAAGCAAUCUGAAGUCUCUGUUGGAGCUACGGUUGCAGGAGAAUAAAUUCAGUGGAGGCUUGCCUGAUUCUCUCUCGGACUUGGAUAUGCUUAUUGUGCUGCAACUUGGUGGCAAUAUUCUUGGGGGUAGUAUCCCUUCAGCAUUAGGAAGGUUGCUAAACCUGGGUGCCUUGAAUCUCAGUGACAAUGGUCUAGUGGGGGAUAUUCCACCACGACUGGGUAAUUUGGUGGCACUCGAAAGUUUAGAUUUGUCAUUUAAUAAUAUCACAGGAGGCCUUGCUACAUUUGGAAGUCUACAUAUUUUGCAUGCCUUGAAUGUUUCUUACAACGAAUUUAGUGGACCACUCCCAGAUAAUCUUCUAGUGUUUCUGAAUUUCACACCGAGUUCCUUUAAUGGAAAUCCAGGCCUCUGUAUCUCUUGCAGUACCAAUAAUUCUUAUUGUAAGGGAACUAAUGUCUUGAAACCCUGUGGAGGAUCUAAGAAAAGAGUACACGGCCGAUUCAGGCUUGCUCUCAUAGUUCUCGGUUCAUUGUUUGUGGGAGCACUUUUGGUACUUGCACUUGCUUGCAUCCUUCUGAAAUCUCGAGAUCAGAAAAAGAAAAGUGAGGAAUCAGUGAGUACUAUGUUUGAAGGUUCCUCCUCUAAAUUAAAUGAGGUUAUAGAGGCGACUGAAAAUUUUGAUGACAAGUAUAUAAUCGGCACAGGUGCUCAUGGAACCGUUUACAAGGCUACACUGAGGUCAGGGGAUGUGUAUGCUAUAAAGAAGCUUGUGAUUUCUGCACACAAAGGUUCAUACAAAAGCAUGAUAAGAGAACUGAAGACAAUAUACAAAAUUAAGCAUAGGAACCUGGUAAAGCUAAAAGAGUUUUGGUUGAGAAGCAAUAAUGGGUUCAUACUAUAUGAUUUUAUGGACAAAGGCAGCCUUCAUGAUGUUUUGCAUGUAAUUCAGCCAGCACCAGUUUUAGACUGGUGUGUGCGGUAUGAAAUAGCACUGGGUACUGCCCAUGGUUUAGCGUAUCUUCAUGAUGACUGCCGCCCUGCAAUAAUUCACCGUGAUAUCAAGCCAAGUAAUAUAUUGCUAGACAAGGACAUGGUGCCACACAUAUCAGAUUUUGGCAUUGCAAAGCUCAUGGAUCAGCCUUCAGCUCCACAGACCACUGGAAUCGUUGGCACCGUUGGAUAUAUGGCACCAGAACUGGCGUUUUCCACCAAGAGCAGCAUGGAGUCCGACGUGUACAGCUACGGCGUGGUGCUGCUGGAGCUGCUCACCAGGAAGACGGCGGUGGACCUCUCGUUCCCCGACAACACGGACAUAGUGGGCUGGGUGUCCUCCGCGCUGAACGGCACCGACAAGAUCGAGGCCGUCUGCGACCCUGCGCUCAUGGAGGAAGUCUACGGCACGGUGGAGAUGGAGGAGGUGCGCAAGGUCCUGUCGCUCGCGCUCCGGUGCGCGGCCAGGGAGGCGAGCCAGAGGCCGUCCAUGGCCGCCGUCGUGAAGGAGCUGACGGGCGUGAGACCCGCCGCCGGCCGGUCGUUGUCCAAGAAGCAGGGGAAACCGAGGCCGGGGUCCCAGUCCCACAGCAGCUCGUACUCACAGUAGGAUUUCUGAUUCAGCCAAGCUGUAGCCUGUAGUUGUAGUUUCUGCUCUCCAGUGAAGCGUUUGUUUGUUCCCUCGCUUGGUUCUGUUCUUGGGUGUGCAUCCAUGAUUGAUCGAGGUGGAGGACGAGGCUGACAACGGCCUAUUUUGAUUGAAACGGAUGUGGAUCCAUCCAUCCCCCAGACAGCGAGAUGCUUGUGUGUGGUGGUGGUGGUGUGGGGAUAUGCUGGGCUAGUGUCUGAAGCUGCUUGUUCUUCUGAAACCUGUUGCUUGAUCGUGGCCUCCCA